AAUUAAAACUUGGUAAACAAAAGUGGCAACAAGGACGCUUAAUCCCGUUUUAGAAUUAUGUUAGCGUUUUCGUAGUGUAGUAAUAGUUAAUUAAUUGCUGCAUCUCUCGUGAACAGGUGUAGCUCGCGAUAUAGACUUGAUGCUGACUUUGUAACAAAGUAAUUGUUAUUCAGUGUUUGUUGUUUAAAGUGAUCAAUAAUGGUUUAUACUAUAUCGGAUAAAGUGGACAAGGUCCUUGACCUGGGUCAGCAGGUCAUGGAUUCUAAGUUCCAAAGAGUGAAGACGGAUGAAAAGGAAGGAGAAUUCGGACCAGAAGAAAACUUGAGGAUAUGGAAGAACGUACUUUUGAUAGGAUUUGCAUUUAUGAUACAUUUUACCGCAUUUUGGGGAGCGUCAAAUUUGCAAAGUUCUGUCAAUUCGGAAGCAUCUCUAGGCACAUUCACAUUAGCAGCAAUAUACGCGUCAUUACUGAUAUCGAAUAUAUUUCUACCCGUCUUGGUUAUUAGAUGGCUUGGGGCGAAAUGGACAAUGGCUGUGGCCUUCAUCAUCUACAUGCCCUUUAUCCUAGCUCAGUUUUAUCCUCGUUUCUUCACGAUGAUUCCUGCUGGUUUGCUGAUUGGCCUCGGUGGGGCACCACUGUGGUGUGCGAAGUGCACAUAUUUAACUGUGAUCUCAAAGACAUACUCGAAAAUAAACAACGUUGCAUCCGACAUCAUUGUGACAAGAUUCUUCGGUAUAUUCUUCAUGUUCUACCAAUUUUCACAAGUAUGGGGAAACCUUAUUAGCUCCGCUGUGCUUUCAUCAGGCGAAUCCGAAGACGUACCUGGAUCAACAUCAAAUGAAACCACACUAAAUAUGACAGCGAUUUUCAAGGAAAUAAUCAGUAAUAAUGUCAGCGUUCUAGUCAAUACCGAUACGGGAGAUAGAUGUGGAGCAAAUUUCUGCCCCAGCACUGCGGCUGAAAUGGCCAAUCCCAAUUUAACACCACCAUCUUCCGCCAAAAUAAACCUCAUCUCAGGAGUGUACCUCGCCUGCAUGUUCGUGGCUUUCAUUAUCGUGUUCUUGGGCGUCGAUAAGAUGUCUAGAUAUAGCAAGGGACGACAAGGAAGCGGAAGCGGACUGUCUGGCUUUAAGUUGUUAGCAGUGACAAUGAAGCAACUUGCAAAUCCUUAUCAAAUAUUGAUAUUACCUAUAACAAUGUUUAUUGGGGCUGAACAAGCAUUUAUAGCAGCAGAUUACACAGCCUCCUUUGUAUCGUGCGGCUGGGGUAUCGGCAACAUCGGAUUCGUGAUGAUAUGUUUUGGUGUCUGCAACGGUAUCGCUUCGAUCUUUGCCGGAAGUAUAGUGAAACUGACAGGAAGAAACCCGGUUAUCUGCUUCGCUUUGGCGCUUCAUGUGGGCCUGCUAGCCGCAUUGUUGCUGUGGAGGCCGUAUGCAGAAAACAAAAUGAUAUUUUUCAUAAUAUCUGGUCUGUGGGGUAUCUGCGAUGCACUGUGGCUCGUUCAAAUUAAUUCUCUGAGUGGUAUCCUUUUCCCCGGCAAAGAAGAGGCCUCUUACAGCAACUUUCGCUUAUGGGAGUCGACGGGUUCCGUAAUAACAUACGUAUACAGCCCUUAUUUAUGUACUAAUGUAAAAAUUUAUCUGCUGCUGGGCCUGUUGAUUAUCGGGGCUCUUGGAUAUACUGGCGUGGAGUUCAAACAAUAUAAAAGCCGGGUUAAAGACAAGGAGACAAAGGGGAAAUUUGAACUUAUUAACGGCCCCGAGAAAACUGGAGAAGUAGCUGAAUAGAUUGUAACAAUCUUGACAAUUUUCUGUGAUGUACCUAAAUAUUUUUGUAAAAUAUUUAUACAGUGUAUAGUAUAGAAUAAAACAAGUUUUUAUUUA